UCCUAUCUCCCGCCUGUGCUUGCCCUCUGGAGGCUGCGCUGCCUGUAUCUAUAGGGGACUUUCAUAUCCCCUCGUGACCCGCGCUUCCUCUCUGUGUCAUGUGACCCGCAGCUCCAGAGCUGCUCAGUGACAGCAUCCUGACGAGUUGGAAUGCGGCUGUGGUGACCCCCAAGGUACUGCCAGCUGGGGGGCAGCGUGAGCUGGGGGUUGUUUAGGGGCUGAGGGGGUCCGGAAAUCCAAAAAACCCCGUGAUGACGUCGGCAGUGGAGCUUACGGAUGACCUGGUGAAGGAAUACCUUACCUUCCGGGGGUUCACCAACACUUUAAAGUACUUCGAGGUCGAUAUCAAAGCAGACAAAGAUAAAGGAUUCCGCGUGGAUAGGAUUGUAGAGCAGCUACUACAGUUUGUCCAGAGCUAUGACCUGAACGGACUAGUAGAAUACUGGGCCUACCUGGAGCGGCGGCUCUUUAGCCGGCUGGAAGAUGUCUACAGGCCGACUAUCCACAAACUGAAAACCAGCCUUUUCCGCUAUUACCUUGUCUACACCAUACAGAGCAGUCGAACAGAUAAAGCCCACGAGUUCUUCCAGAAGCAGGCGACGGAGCUGCAGAACCAGGCCGAAUGGAAGGAGUGGUUCGCUCUUCCCUUCCUUCCUACUCCCGACUCCAACCGCACCUUCUCUACGUAUUUCUCGCGCCAAUGGGCGGACACCUUCACUGUGUCUUUGCACAAUUUCCUCAGCGUUCUUUUCCAGUGCAUGCCUGUCCCCAAAAUUCUCACCUUUCAGUCCGAUUACCAAAAGAUCGCCUGCUUACAGGAAGAGAACGAGAUCAUGCGUCAGAAGCUCUUUGCUCUGCAAGCAGAGACCUACCGGUUAAGGAAAGACGGGCCAUCGGAGCCCUUGGUGCUUCACAAGCUGCCUCACUAUGUCUCCAACAUGGACAGACUGGGGGAUUCUGAACUGGGCAGUAAUAUAAUGUCAAGUCACAGCAAUACCAACAUGAAUACCCCAUCACAAAGGACCUCUGGCUUCCUAUCUUCUCUUCUCGCCCAAAACAAAAAACCCCCACCUCCCAAAUCAACUCUGCCAUCUGUAUCAUCCCCAACGCAGAGUGGGGGCUCUGUACCUCUGAAGAAGGAAGUGGCAGUUAGCCAGGCUCAGAAGGCAAAAGAACUUGUUGGCGGAACCAAAGAAGUCAGAAGCAGCCCGAAUAUUCUCGGCGUUCCCGGCACGGAGUCGAGUAUGGUGCAGCAGAGGCACAAACGCCAGCAAGAAAGGAAGGAACUUCUAUCUAAGACAGCGUCACAGGUGAGCACUGAAAAAAAGGCAGAGAACUCAGACGCUGAUCCGGAUUUGCGUUCGGACACCCAAAAUGACACGGUGGACGCAGUGACCAGAGGUUCUGGGGCAAGCGGUGCUAGAAAAGAAGAGAAACCAGCACAACCAUUUAUUGUGCUGAGCCAGGACGAGUAUGCGGAACACCAUUCCUCCAUCAUGCACUGCAGGGUUGACUGCUCAGGGCGUCGGGUGGCGAGUCUGGAUGUCGACGGGGUGAUCAAAAUCUGGUCUCUCGAUGGCAUCAUGCAGACGAAAGCUUCCGCCAUCUCCAAGUCCGCUCUGCUCUCCCUGGAAUGGGCGACCAAACGAGACAGACUGCUGUUACUUGGAAGUGAAGUGGGCACGGUGCGUCUCUAUGACACAGAAGCAAAGAAAAACCUCUGUGAGAUUGGGAUAGUAGAGGACAUGCCAAGGAUCCUGUCCCUUGCUUGCAGUCCAAGUGGUGCUUCCUUUGUUUGCUCAGCGGCGGCAGCGACCUCGCCGAGUCAGACAGACCCGACUUAUUACAGCUACGGGGAGAGCGGGAACAAUCAGGUGCCGGGAAAACUGCUGCUGUGGGACACAAAGACAAUGAAGCAACAGCUGCAAUUCUCUCUGGAGCCCGUGCCCAUAGCAGUAAACUGUACGGCUUUCAACCACAAUGGGAACUUGCUGGUGACGGGGGCUGCUGAUGGCUUUAUCCGACUUUUCGACAUGCAGCAGCACCAAUGUGCAUUGAGCUGGAAGGCCCACAUGGGAGAGGUUUACUCCGUUGACUUCAGCUACGACGAAAAUGCGGUGUACAGCAUUGGGGAGGAUGGAAAGUUUAUCCAGUGGGAUAUUCACAAAAGCGGUCAGAAAGUGUCGGAAUAUUCGCUGCCUUCCGACGCCACCGGCCCCUUUAUGCUGUCUGGAUACAGCGGUUACAAACAGGUUCAGUUCCCUCGAGGGAGGCUCUUCGCAUUCGACUCCGAAGGGAAAUACAUGCUGACCUGUUCCAGCACCGGAGGAGUCAUCUAUAAGCUAAACAGCGACGGAAGUACCCUGGAAAACUGCUUGUCCCUUGGGGGCCACAGGGCCCCGGUCGUCACAGUAGACUGGAGCACAGCGGUGGAAUGUGGAACCUGCCUGACAGCCUCAAUGGAUGGAAAAAUCAAACUGACCACCCUCUUAGCUCAGAAGUCUUAACCCCCCAGUAUCUAUUAUCCUGUCUCUCUCUGUUAAAGGCGCCAUUUUGAAAAGCAGUAUGUGUCGGCUCCCAUAGGCGUUCAUGGGGCUGAAACAACACGACAGAGGGUUUUAUAUGUAGCAUCCAUUCACAUACAGAUGAAUGCAGCUCUGGUAUUGAAUUAACUCAGGAUGGGAAAUCCAGGACACUGCCAAUAUAUUGGGUAUGCACCCCGGGCACCCCAUUAUCAGUGUUAUUUUCCUGUAGCAUUGCUAGUUUGUUUUCUAUAUGAACAAAGCCUUUAAUGCCAAGGCUGUUCCAAGGACUGCGUUUUAUCUGUUUGAGUCAAAUACCUUCCUGCUGGGAGUUACCAACACCAUGUUGGGAGGCGGGUCUGGACUCGGACUCAAAAUAGGCCCAAACAGCCUUCAUCAGCCCAAUACAAAAUGGCUAUGGCAGCCCCUUUGGUAAUUGCCAAUACCCACAGACUGGGGCCACGCACUCCAUAAAGUGCUUCACCCUUCACUCAGAUCCCCCUUUAUCAUCUCUCUCUGUCUACUCCUCUGACCACAAGGGGGCACUGUUUGAUUUGCCAUACAGUACGUAAGAUAUAUAUUUUUUUUUUUAACUAAUAUAUAUAUAUAUCUCUCAUUUUAUUUAUUCUGCCAUUCUAUGCAAUACAUGUUGGAUCCUGUCAUCUCGUUGUUCCCAUCUCAAUUUUGUAAAACCGAAUUACCGAAAUUAAAACAGACGCUCUUGCUGAUGUCAUGGUCUUU